AGAAAAUGGAAAGUUUAAAUCCGGGUUGUUUGAUCUUCGUAUCAGUUGAAUCAAGUGAAAACAGCUAGUAUACGCUAAAUUGAGUGUAUACGCAUGUUUUAUUGGUAAAUCUAUCGGCAUUGAAUAGAAUUGCCAAAAUGUAAAUCAAAAUUGAAGUAAUACCAAUUGGGGAAUUGAAAAGAAAACUUGCGUUUGGUUUUAACCAUGUGACAAACAAUCAAUAACGAGUCAUAUGCAUAUCAGCUAACUGUUUUAUGAACGUUUUUAUCAUUUAAAAACUUUAUGCAAAAUGAUUCUUAAAGUUAUGGACUUAUGAUGGACAUAAUGAAAAUAUUUGCAUACGACAGUGCGCGGAUGCCGUGUGUGCUCGAUGCUUUUGAAGCUAUACCUGUUCAUUAUUACCUGUCAAUCAAGACAUUGGAAUUGAACGUGUGUCUGUAUUGACUGGAAGUGUAAAUUAUGUGUUAUUUAUAAAGGAAACAGAAUGCCUAUUUGUCAGAUGAAGCCAACGUUUACUUAAAGAAGACUUAGAAUCAUUGUUGUCACAAAUUUUGCAGAUUGACGCAGAAGAUGCUAGUAAGCAAGGUAGCCACUUCAGUUUCAAAAUGAGUCGCAGUAAAUCGGCGGGUCCAGGCCCGGUGCCUACCAUCGCGUCCAAGAGCGCAGUAGAGGAAUUGAGAGGCGUCUGCAGAAGACUGGCACCAUACAUCACUCGAAGAUGGCGGGAAGUUUGCGAAGAGCUGGAAGUUGCAGACGACAUUCUGGAUGACCUUGAAGCUCAACAUAAAGGUCACCCAAAAUCAGAGCUUGCCUUUCAUGGCCUGGUCCGGUGGCAAGAAAUGGCGGGAAGGGCAGCGCGCAAAGAGAAAAUCUUAAGUGCCAUUCAAAAUCAGGGGUUGAAACGCGCGGAAGAAGAGUAUCAUUCCAUGGACAAGUCAGUAAGGAAAGUGCCAUUUAUGGGUCGCCCGGAAAUUGCAGCAGCACAACAAACCGUGGUAAACAAGUCGGCCAAGCAAAAAGCGUUUGCCGACCGGCUCUCUCGACCAAAGACGUCGCCAAGCUCGGACCAAGUGCCAGUUCCAACCAUUACCGGGAAACAGACAAAGUCCGUCACCAUGACAAUAAACCCACUCGUUCUGACGGUCACUCCGGCCAAGCCUUCGGACAUAUGCGAAGUAAAGCUAAAGGUCACUGUUAAGGGAAUACAAUACAAGGAUACAGACACCAUAGAACAGACAAGAGAUGGCUUCAAAUCAACCAAAGACGACUACAAACAUCUGUGUCACACAACUGUCAAACUGGUCAUUGGACAUCAAUCGUUUCACAUGCGAGAGUUACGCAAAUUACUGGACUUUCAAGGAAUAUCGGUUCAACGACUUACGAAGCUAGGUUUCAAUAUAAACGUUUAUCUACUUUGUCACCAACUGGGUGCAUUUGAAAUUCUGUAUCAAAUGUACGUCACUGGACGCUUGACAAAAAUUGUACACAGCGCCUUGAUCACCAAGCCAUAUUUGGAGAGGUUGAACGCUCGCAGCAUAGAGCUGUGCGUUGAAAUGGAAGAAGGGCUAUUCAAUAGGUUCCGAGAUAUCCUUAUUCUCAGAAACGCACUGGACAGUGUCGAGGGCAUAACGUCAGCCCAUCCUGUGGACUUAUGCGAUUACUUUAUAACCGAUAUCGACGAAGAACGUUCCGAUACGGGCCAAAGUCCAGAUCCCGAUCUCAUAACUUCAUUUGAAGUGUCGUCUGUUAUAUCCGAUAUGCAUGGAUUUAUUCAAACGAUUUCUAAACGUGUCGAUGAUUUCAGUUCCUCAUUGAAGGAUCUCAUCAUAACAAUACGAAUUUUGAAGAAGGGUGACAACUGUCAGAUCUCAUGUUUACAGGACCUUAUAGACUUCUUACAAUUCUUGCGCAAUAGUGCGAGCGUAGGUCAGAAUGGCAAAACUGAAGUGCUAGAAGAGUAUAUUCGAAUUGUGAACCAAAUACGGUUAAAAGUGCAAGAAAUACACGAAAAGGCUAUUUUCAUAGCCUUUGACGAUAGCUUAAAUACUGAAAUGUGUGAGGCGUUUCACAGAGCGUUAGGCGAUCUGGACGACAUGUUGAAACCGCUGUAUCCGUUUAAAGCAGACGAUCUGCGGUUCGUGAACGCCAAUACGCAAACUGGUUUAGAACAAGAUAUGUUUGGCGGAUUUCUUUGUUUCUUACCAAGGUUGUUGCACGGUUUGUCCGCGCUAGUUAAUUGUUUGACGAAUGACGUGGAUCAUGUUUCUCUUCCUGAUGCAGCAGACGACACUUUUGAAGGCAGCGAUGCAGACAAAGAAAACGUAGACAAAAGUAAAACUGAAAACGUGAAAGAAAUGACGACAACUUUAACCGGCAAAAUGUUUCACGAUACAGCAUUAUUUCAAACUACUGCCAGUGUAAAUUACGUCGACACAUGGGCAGCUAUUUAGACUAAUAUUACUGCAACUUACUCAUAUUUCAAAUAAGCGCGGAUUAGAAGGAAUGGAACGAUAUUAUGAUCUGUUACAGAAUGACGUAAAGGAGUACUUUAUUAAUGAGUACUUAAAACAAUCUUGUACAAAAUAUUUUUUAGUAAUUCUGUUGAAUGAAAAUAUAUCAUAUAUAUAUUGUACAACAAUAAAAUGUAUAG